AAAAUAUAUCUGUACUGUCAUUGUCAAUCGAAAUAUCUAUUUCAUCGUAUUAUCAAAAUCUGAAUUCAAAAGUCUAAAAAUAAAUUCUUAAAUAAUAUUAAAAUAUUAUCUAAUUAACGCAUUAUGGCUAUUUCGCGAAUUUCGCGGCUAGUAGCACAGACCAAAAAUUUGUCUCGUCAUGAACAGCACAUCGUUCAAAGGAGAACAGCUACUACAACUCCAAGUGGUGCCAUUCUCCCUGAACCAGAAAAGAAACCGUUUGGUCUACUAGGCGUAGUGUGUGCGGUUAUACCAGGCCUACUUAUUGGAGCUGCUAUUAGUAAAAACAUAGCUAAUUUCUUGGAAGAGAACGAACUGUUUGUGCCUUCUGAUGACGACGACGAUGAUGACUAAAACAUAAUUCGCGAGAUACUUAAUAUGGGCAAAUAUAUAUAAUUAAUAUAUAAUAAAUUAUUUAAAAACAAAGUUUGUUAUAAAAUUUUAUUAGUAUAGGUUUGUUACAAAAAUCUCUAUUACUUUAGUUUGAGCUCAAGCAUUUCAAUCAAAUAUUGCACUUAUCAUAUUUAAUAAUUGAACAUUAAUUAAUUUAUAUAUAUUAGUGGCAUUAUAGAAUUUCUCUAUAUUUACAUAAAUUGAUAUACAAGAAUUACAGUGUCAAAAAUCUAACUUCGAAUCUACUUCAGCAACAGCUUACUAUAUACAUCUAAAUAAAAUAUUAGGUAAUAAAUAUUUGAAUGCAUCAUGAUAAAAUGCAUGUAUAAAUUCCAUGUAGAGUAAUAUAAAAUCUUUGUAAAUCUAGUCAAAUAUUACUCUGAUUUAUAUAGGCAAUGCUAUGUAUGAUAAAAACAUUUAAAUUUACCAGACUGUUAAUCUUGGGACAAAAUCAUAUAUUUAAUUAGAUUUUAUUUUCACACCAAGUCUUAGUCAUAGGAUAGGCAGUGAGAUUACCUUUGAUGUUUAUUACUAUUGUAUUUUUUGUUAUUAUUAUUAGAAUAUAACUUGUGUUGUAUAGAACAUAAUUUAACUUGACCUGAUUUAAUGUUUUCAUUGUGAAAAUAUUAACAUGUUUUGAUAUAAUUAAAACCUGAGAUUCAUAAUUAUAAAAGUUACUUUAAACAUUGUCUUGAAUGUAAAUUAAGUCAAAUAUUUACUGUAAAUAAAAAAUUCAAUAUUUAGGCAACAUUUUAGUAUAAUCAAUAGUUGGUUAGAAAUGAGUGUAUAAUAUGGUUCAAUAUCCUGUAUUUUCUGUGCCAAUUUUUAUAUCACUUUUUGUUGGUCAUACAUCUAAGGUUUUAUUGUAUAUCAAUACAUAUGGCAUACUUCUCAUUGACAACUGUAAUUAAAUACAGUGAAUAGAAUUUUGUGCCCCAAAAUUAAAGUCUGUAUUGCAUAAUAUUUUAUAAGUGAAAAUGUUAAAUAAAUGACUUGAAAAAAUGGCAUGA